CGCUCGGGCUGUACGGAAACCUGUCACCGCCUCCCCCAGAAGCCUCAGCCACUCCUGGACGCCGCCAUCUUCCGCAUGACACCAACGGCGCGCCGUCGCUCCCGCGCGCCUCGUGCGCACACCCCCGGUCAAUCAGCAUCACAAACGCACCUCGCCCCGCCCACUCCACGCCGCGUCUCGGGAAGAAGACUACAAGUCCCAGAGGGUCCCUGGCGCACCUCGCCACGUGUUUUCUCUGCCCGCCAAUGGGUGGAAGCGCCGCAUGAGCCUGCUCCCGCCCCCCGGGCGCGCCCGAGCCAAUUGGAAGGGGUGGUGUGUGUGUGAGGGCAAGUGGGGAGGGGGACUCGGCUCAGGACCGGGAGGCCCUACUCGCAGGUCUCGGGGUCCCGGUGGCGGCCGGAGCGCUUGGUCCGCAGGCAGUGGGCGAGUGGUGCCCCUCCUGCCCCAAGCCCCACGCGCGCGCACCCCAGCCCCUCCCUCCCUGCCACCCUCCGCGGCUCCCGCGCGCCGGCGGCGGUUCCUCUCCCCCUCCCCCCAGCCCUGGCUCCGGGGGACCCCGCGAUGCCGGUCCGCACCGAGUGUCCCCCGCCGGCCGGUGCCUCGGCCGCCUCCGCGGCCUCGCUCAUCCCGCCGCCGCCCAUCAACACCCAGCAGCCCGGCGUGGCCACCAGCCUGCUCUACAGCGGCUCCAAGUUCCGCGGCCACCAGAAGAGCAAGGGGAACUCGUACGACGUAGAGGUGGUGCUGCAGCAUGUGGACACAGGGAACUCUUACCUUUGUGGGUACCUGAAGAUUAAAGGCCUGACUGAGGAGUAUCCAACCCUUACGACCUUCUUUGAAGGAGAAAUAAUCAGCAAAAAACACCCUUUCUUAACUCGAAAGUGGGAUGCGGAUGAAGACGUUGAUCGGAAACACUGGGGCAAGUUUCUGGCUUUUUAUCAGUAUGCAAAAUCAUUUAAUUCAGAUGAUUUUGAUUACGAAGAGCUGAAGAAUGGGGAUUAUGUCUUCAUGAGGUGGAAGGAGCAGUUCCUGGUCCCGGACCACACGAUCAAAGACAUCAGUGGUGCUUCCUUUGCCGGGUUCUACUACAUCUGCUUCCAGAGGUCGGCAGCCUCCAUAGAGGGCUACUAUUACCACAGGAGCUCAGAAUGGUAUCAGUCUCUCAACCUAACGCACGUUCCCGAGCACAGCGCACCCAUCUAUGAGUUCCGGUGACAGCGGUUCAGAAGCAGCCAAAUAAAACUGAACUUGGCAAAAAAGAACUUUGCCAAGAAAAUUGUGUACCUGCCGGAACGGAGGACGUCUGUUCCUGUUUCUCCAUGAGCAGACUCGCAUCAGAAGCAUGAAUGUCAACCCACAGAAUCCCAGGAGCAUGGCCGCCCAGCAGGGCGGGGGAAGGGGGCGGCCUCCGCUCUCCCUCCCUCUCUGUGGCAGUUCGGGCUUCAUCUGUUUUUCAGCUACCUUAAAUGCACUUUUCCGUCCUGCACAGCUAACUUGCAUCACUGAAAUGCCCCUUCCUUCCUCCAGCCGAGUAGAAGGUCAGAGCCUCGGUCACCCUCAGCCUUGGUGCUCAGUGGUCCCCACUCAGGCCCCAGGCCCCCUCGCUUCCCCAGCUGCUUAGUCUGGUAGCUCAAGAGAAGGCAGAGCUCCAGCACGUGUGUGCCCCGCAGAGCUCUGUGCAGGGAUUGGCGGGCUGCAGCGGCACCUGCCAAUGAGACGUGAGGCGGAGGCUAAUUCCUUCACAGGGUCAGCUGGCGCUGCCCGGCCCUGUGAUGUUCACGCCAAGCUAGUCAGCAGCUGGCAGGUUCCCUGGGCCUGCCGUCAGGGAUCCUUAAAUUUAAGGCUUCCAGAUCCCUGGCAGGAACAGAUUCCAGUCAUGCUUACUCAGCACGUUUGCUCCAAACUUUUGAACUUGAGGGCAAUACUAAACUUUAAAAAAAAAAAAAGAGUUUUUUUAUUACAAAAUUAUUUUUAUGGUUCCUUUAACAAGGACCCUAUGGCAAAUGCAGUUAUUCAGAAUUACAUUUUAUCGUUUUCACAUUGAAAACAGCAAAUGUUGACGUAGUAAUUUUUAUAUCUAUAUCUAUAUGUAAAUGUAUAUUUAAUCAACCAGCAGUUUGAAACUCGUCAUCCUGGUACAAAAGUUUUGCAGCAUUGCGUAAAUUAUAGUGCUAAACGUGAGAACUGUUUUUGGGGCCAGUUUAGCAUUUGUACCUCCUCCUUUUGCUACUCAAAACAGUAGUGCUUCACGGUGACCUUUUCCAUCAGGCAGAAGGGGCCGCUCUCCUGAGAUGGCGACUCGGAAAUGUUGGGACGGGGAGCGGUGGGAACAUGAACACGCUCAGAUCACGCAAGGCUCACGUGCCAAAGUGUGUGUGUGUGGUUUUUUGUUUUGUUUUUGUUUUUUUAAAAAUGUUUAAAAAGCUUAAUAGGUUGGCAUCAGUUGUAGCCCACAGAUAUGGGCAGGGUUUUCGGGGGGGGGCGGCGCGUGGCAUUUUCUGGUGGUUUACAAGAUUUACUCAGAUACAAGAGGGAAAGCUUUAACAAGAAGACAGCGUUGUAACCCACAGGAGCAAAACAAGCUGAAGGUUGCCAAUCCAUGGGCUUGUAAGAAAACAAAACUCUGGUCUAGAUGAUGGUGGGGAAAUCUUUUAUUCUUAAAAAGUGACUUUCCUUUUCAUGGCACGUACUGUGUGUUACUGAGAUCGAGUGUUAGGGGACGGCUUAAAGGAGAAAGAUUUAGGGAAGUAGUCAGUGGGCGUUGGGACAGCCAGGAUGUGUAGUCAGGAGGCUUUGUGCAGAGGUGCAGCCUCUAGUCAGACCCUUCUAGUCAGGUCAAGGCCCUGGAACCCUAAGAAGUUGCCCUAGUGACUGCAGUGGGAAUGAUUCCAUUCUGAGACGAGGCAGAAAUGUUUUCUUGAUUCUAAAACUCAAAGGCAACAGAAUGGCUGGCUCUGGUCAAACCCAGCUGAUCGCACAGUAAUGAGAUGACACUUGCCAGAGCUUCCCUUUAGCUGAUGGGCGUCACCUAAGAGUAGAGGAGACAGUGGCACCGUGCCGGCUCUCUCUAGGCAGCACAUGCCGUUUCAUUUCACCUCAGUCCUCCUCUCACGCCUGCUCGUAAAUAUCCGAGUUUUGCAAAUUCCCUGAAGGAUGCGGGCCCCACUCAGAGCACUGAGGGGUGAAGUCACCCACAGGAGCUUGUUGGGUCCUCGUGUGGCUCUGAGAGGUCGGUUGGUCAGUCGAGUGGGCAGGGAAGGACAUUUGCAAAUGUUGCCGGUGUUCAGCUAGCCAGAUGGGCCAGGUUCUCUUGUGGGAUUUCCUCCUUCCUUUUUUAGCUAGGUAAUGAAGUGCACCGGUUGUAUGGGGGGAGAUGAGGAAGUGGUACCUUUACUGGAUCUUUUGGACACAUCUUGUGAUGAAGAUGUUCGUGUAAAAAUCUGCCCAUUGAGGAUAGGGAAGGGAUCAUUUCUGCACCUCUUAGUAACUCCCAAACGAUCAACAUCGACUCCAUUGCUUUCUCUUAGUUCCCAAAGGAACUUUGGGGAUCAUCCCACCUGUGGUUAUCCUUUCCUGAACCUUCUCAGGGGUUUACAUGCCUCUGGUACUAUGUGCAAUAUUUUUGGUCGACACUUGUGCUCAUCAUUAAGAAAUGAGUGCAGAUUGCAGAUUGUCUGCUGUCUUCCUCCAGCCCAAACAAACCUGCCAUGAGGAGGGGCCCUAGGGAUCGGGCUCUCCUUACUCCACUGCUCACAAAGCUUCCAUGCUGCAGUCCCAGGCUCGUCUCUCUUCUGUGCUGGAAUUUUCCCUUCCCACCCACCCAUCCUUUUAAACUUUACAGCGUUUCAGCUGCAGUCCAAAAGUAACUAGGCAAUGCCUCAUCUGAAGUAGAGAGUCCAUCUGUGUGCUGGUUCUGUCGGUAACGUGGAAAUCACAAACUCCAGGGGAGCAAAGGGGCUUCUCAAUGUCUUUUGCUUUCAGAAACAGGGAAUUUAUAUUCUCUAUAAGGCCUUGAAUUGAUUUUUUUCCCUCAUAAAAUAGUCUGAUAAGUUAAUUUUUGAAAAGAAAUGCCAUUAAGUAUGUUGCAUUGUGGUUUAAAAUUACUAACGAGUUCUGGGAAAGGAAAGUAAUAUUUGAUUUUGAAUCUUACCUGUUUUUAAAAAUUAGAUUUGAAUGGGUGCAAAGUAUGAAUAUAUUGUUUCUUUAGGGAGGACAUGUGGUAAGGGUUUGAGGGUUCGAGAUGGGAGAAGUAUUUUGCAGAGCUAUCAAUGUCCAAAUAAUUUUUAAAAAAUAAUAAAGGUAUUUAAGCAGUGA